GGCGGCUUGAGGAGCUUGACAACCACCUGGGAGCUAGACUGGGCGCCGCUGCCUCUGAUGGCUAUGCAGCCAAAACUAGAGCUGAGAGCAACAUCCACUGUGAUCCUUCUCUUCAGCCUGGGCCUGGGCCUGAUAGGGUGAAACUGGAUCCUUGGGACUUGGGACAAGUGAAAUGUGAGAAGUUUGAUAAUAAAGAUAUCACCGAAGAUUAGAAGCAAAAUCAACCAGAGGAAAUUCUGAAAGUAUGGGAUGUAGAAUUUCAAAAAUAUCUUCAGCAAAUACUACUGUUUUGGGGGUUAUCCAGAUUAUGAUUGGUAUCUAUCAUGUACUCAUGUGGUAUUUCCUAUUGCUGUUGUAUAUGGGACAAAUUAAAGGAGUAUUUGGAACAUAUGAACCUUUAACUUACAAAAUGGGAACUUCUUUAUGGGGACUUGCUUUUGUCAUUUCAGGAGCCUUCACAGUAAAAGCAGCAAAAUAUCAGAGUAGACAUAUGAUUCUCUGUACUAUGUCCCUGAACAUACUCUGCAUAGUUAUUACGAUCAUUGCAGCCAGCUUAACAAUAGUGGAAUUGGCUCAUUUCCGUUCUGUGUCAUAUAGAAAUUAUGGACAAGCAAAGCUGGGAAGGGAAGUGUCCCGUGUUUUGUUGUGCUCCUACCCCCUGGAAUUCGUGAUUGCCCUCACAUACUCCAUCUCUAGUUGUGCAUAUUUGCCCUUAAGUUCAAUUGUGAAGUCAUUGAUGGGAAAAACAUGGAGGCUCAGCAGCCUUGCUGCUUGGAGGCAGGUGAUUUGGCUUGAGGCUGAAAAACAAGAGGACAUUUUUGAAAGUGUUACUGAAGUAGUGGAAGGCAACUCCUGAAAGCUGAAGACAUGAGCAACUUUCAUGGCUGCUAACACCUGAUAUAGGUGCCCAUGAUAUUCCCAUAUAACAAGGCAUACCCUAUGCAUUUUGUGCAAAAGGAAAUUCACAACAAGGUGAAAGUUACCCCUUGGUAUUUAAGGAGUGUCUACUCACAUAUAUUCUAGGUUCCAGAGGGGAAAGCUUUUCCUGUAUAAGUAUGAGACCAUCGCAAGAAAGGAUUUGCUAGCUAGCCACUCUGAAGAGAUGUCAACUCUCCCCAGCAGAUCAUCUGCAGUUGACCAGAAAAACCACUUGUAACCUGUACAAUGCAGGCUAUGAGAUUUGGAGCACAAUGUGUGACUCAGAGGAAAAUUUUAAUUUCUUUCCCUGUGAGUGAAAAGCACAGUCCACGUUCUGCAUUCUUCUGCUCAAGCUAGCUUCUACCUCCACAAAGCAAGGCUCAAAAGGUCACCAAUUUAGUGCCUUUAUUGUCCCAAGGCUUUUCCUGUCCUCAUUAAAGUUCCUUUCUGCCCU